GGACUCCAUAAGUACUAGAAUGGGAUGGGGGGCAAACAGAGAGCAGUACAACGGGGACAACAGGAGCAAAGACAGAAAGUGGAAAAACAGGAACAGCCAGAGAGAAUCAUAUCCUGUUGGAAACCUAUCCUACUGAGUUUAAAUGAAGAGGUCUCUGGGACACAAGUCGUCCCAAAAUGGGACCGAGCCUGUUGGGAAGCUGGAGCACAAAAAUGGAAGGAAGGUGGAACUGGGUAAGAAAGUGACCCUUCUCAGAGGAAUCAGCAUCAUUAUUGGGACCAUCGUUGGAGCCGGGAUCUUUAUCUCUCCGAAAGGAAUUCUGAAGAACUCUGGCAGCAUCGGGAUGUCCCUGAUGGUGUGGAUCGCCUGUGGUGUCCUCUCGCUUUUUGGAGCUCUGUGCUACGCUGAGUUGGGGACCUGUAUCAAGAAGUCUGGAGGACAUUACACUUAUUUAAUGGAAGCUUUUGGACCUAUGUUGGCUUUUGUUAAACUUUGGAUCGAGCUCGUUGCAGUAAGGCCAGCAGCAAUGUCAGUUAUAUCGCUGGCCUUUGGACAGUACAUCCUGGAACCGCUCUUCAUGCCCUGCAGUCCGCCGCCCAUGGCUGUCAAAAUGGCCACAGUUGUUGGAUUAAAUACAGUUUUGUUCCUGAACAGUAUGAGUGUCACCUGGACUGCCAGGCUUCAGGUCCUACUCACCUCUUGCAAGCUGCUGGUCAUCAUAAUCAUCAUAAUUCCUGGGGUCUAUAAACUGUUUAAAGGAGAGACCAGUAACUUUGACAAUGCCUUUGAUCUGAGCCACUUGCAUCUGUCAGAAAUACCACUGGCCUUCUACUAUGGGAUGUAUGCCUACUCUGGGUGGUUUUAUCUGAACUUUGUGGCAGAGGAGGUACACAGCCCAGAGAAGACGUUACCAUUGGCGAUCUGUGUCUCCAUGGCGAUUGUGACCUUCUGCUAUGUGCUGAUCAAUGUUGCGUACUACACUGUGAUGACAGCUGGGGAGCUACUGGCCUCAGAAGCUGUUGCUGUGACUUUUGCAGAGAAGGUUAUGGGGAACUUUUCACUUGCAGUCCCAGUCUUUGUGGCUUUGUCCUGCUUUGGCUCCAUGAACGGCGUCACCUUUGUUGUAUCGAGAUUGUUCUAUGUGGCCUCACGUGAAAAGCAGCUUCCUGAGAUCCUCUCUAUGAUCCACAUCCGCAGACACACUCCACUUCCUGCUGUCCUCAUUCUGUACCCCCUGACCAUGGUGCAGCUGUUUGUGGGGAACAUCUACAGCCUGCUAAAUUUCAUCGGCUUCCUGCGGAUGCUCUACCUUGCUUUUGUUGUCCUGGGAUUACUCUACCUGCGGUACACCAAGCCUGAUCUGCCCCGCCCCUUCAAGGUGCCGCUCUUCAUCCCAGUGGUGUUCGUUGCCACGUGUUUCUUCAUGGUGUUUCUGUCUUUUUACUCUGAUCCCACCGGCUCUGGAAUUGGACUUGGAAUUGCCCUCACUGGCAUCCCCGCCUAUUACAUCUUUAUUUGCUUUAACAACAGGCCAAAAUGGAUCCAGAAGACUUUAGGCUCCUUCAACAGAACUAUGCAGAUCAUCAUGGAAGUGGUUCCUGCUGACCAAUAAUGAACAAACAUGGGAUUCAUGGAUGCAAGCAGGAAAACACAGAGUGUUCGCUCAGGGGGAGAGUUCAGCUCAUCUGAAGUGGAAAUUUAACGAUCCAAACAUACAAAUGUACCUGUUGUAGACUGACUCUGAUCUAGGGUUCGCCUAACGGGGCCAGCUCCAAUUUCAAACUACCGUCUGGACCCAAAUAUAGGACCCCCCUGAUUAUAAGACAACCCCCCUUUCCAGGACUAAUCUUCAGGAAAAGACCAAAAAAAUUCACUUUUGGAAAAAACUAUUUUUAUUGACAUUUUGAGAACAAAUACUGAGCAAAAAUGCUAUUUUAAUGCAAACUAUCAGAAUUUUGCUGACAUGUGAAACCAGGGCCGCUGCUAGGCUUUUGGAGGCCCUAAGCUUGAUUGGCCAGGGAGCCCUUGAUUUUGACUGACAUGCUACAAAAUGUAGUAAAACACUCAACGGCUCAAAUGGUGGGCAACAAAUUUGUAUGUUUUCUGAGCAAUAUGCUACUGUAAUAAUAACUCAACUCUGUAACCAUUUUUUGGGGCCCCCAAGUACCGAGGCCCUACGCAUUCUGCAUACCUUGCGUAUGGACAGUGGCGGCCCUGUGUGAAAUCAAAAGUCAAACGAGGCUUUUAUUCAGACGCCCUCUGCCUUGCUGUACUCACUCAUGCUGCUACGGUCCUGUGGACCAUCAGAUCGCUACACCUGCAGACUCCUCCCAGAAUGUCAUCCUCACUGCCAACCAAGACAUCCAUGCAUGCAAUGUUGGAAGCCUGCUGAUUUGACCACCGUCAUCUUAAAGUUUGCAUAACUGCCUUAGGAAUGUUCACUGCCAAUGACGACUGAAGUCAGCAUUUGCAUUUUUUUUACUGUGUGGGCGUCGGAAAAAGCUCCCGCACCGUGAGAACAAACAUCUCAGCUCUAAAGUCGAUCUUCAUCCACGUGCAUCACACGUCACGUGAUCAGGAAGCAGAACAUCCAUGUGUUAGGAGAUCGUUUUGGGCCGCUGCUAUAAAAAAGUGAGGCACGAACCAGGAAAGCUUCUGCCGAUCACAAUUCGACAACGGAUUAUGAAAGAACGGAUAACGCUCAAAACGCACGGAUUCUUCCUGAUGUAAGAGGUGAGUCUCCUCUUUGUUUUGGUAGUUUUGGCGUCAACAUCAUCCUGGCGCACAACGUUCUGUGACUUAAAAAAACUGUGCAAACGCUGACAAACACUGUCAGUGAAGGACUUUUCUGAUGGCAGUGAAUGAGUUACUCGCCCCACUUUUGGCCCACUCUGCUCCGGACCUCUCGUCUUCGUCUCCUAUUGAGAACACACAGCCUGGCGCCCUCUGCUGUUACAGGUGUGUAAUGGUUAGACCGCAUUAUAAAACGACUCCACAUUUUAAAAUUAUUUUCAAUGAAAAAAAAACCUUGUCUUAUAUUUGGGUCAAUACGGUACAUAUCAUAGCAGUUCUUGCUCUUUUGUAAAUGGUACAUGACCUGCCUUCUUGAGUCCUGGAUCCCCAAGGCGCUUUACAACACAAUCAGUCAUUCACACAUCCACACACACAUUUACAUGAGCUACAAUGUAGCCACAUCUGCUCUGGGGUGCACUGACAGAGGCAAGUCUGCCGUACACAGGUGUGUUAAGUGUCCUGCCCAAGGACAAAAGGACAGCAACAGACUCAGCAGGCUCAAACCUGCAACCUUCUGAUUACGGGGUGAUCACUUAACUCCUGUGCCACCGUCGCCCCUACUAUACAUUUUAUAUUACCCAUUCCAGUUGCUAACCUUGUCCUUUCUGUGAAUUACUAAAAAUAUUUUUGUAAAUAAUAAAAAAAACACAACAAAUCACUACUGAUAAACGGAGAAGGAAGUGACGCCAUCAUCAGCAUCAGCAUCAGCCUGAGGAAGUUUGCAGCUGCAAACGAAGCGUGGCGGGAAAAAAGGUAAACAGAACUGCUCUGUGUUUUAAAAAAGGACUACAACAUGAAAUCACUACUGAGUUAAAGAAAUGAGCCAAACAGGUACUUGUACUUCUGCCUUUAAUUUUUAUUUUUUAUUUUUAUUUUUUAUGAUCUGUUUUUAUCGGUUUGAGGUAUUUGCCCUGAUUUUACUCAUGCUGUUCAUCGCUUUGUGAUUCAUAUCUGCGAGAGGCGCUUUAUAAAUAAACUUUUACUUACUUACCUGUACUUUUUACCAGCGACGUGCAGUCAGAGGAGGCAGGGGAGGCACUGCCUCCAUUGUCAUUGUGACAAGAAAAAUACUAAUGAUGAUUUAAUCUAAACUGACUGGUCUAUGCAUUAGUUUUCUGUAUGAUUUCAUCAUGUUUUGGGUCAAAAUCGCUGAAUUACCUGUUCCCUGAUCAAAUGUACACGCCGAAGCGAGAGGAGAGACAGAGAUGAGCCUGCCUCCGCGCUCUCUGAGCUGCCACACACACGUUACCCGAUUCAGGCUGAGCGCACGCACCAGCUUCCUGUAUCAGGUGUGUGUGGCGCUGCGCCCUCUGGAGUGGAGGCAGAGAAGAGCGCUGCCUAUGUUGUCACAGAGCAGCGCUGCACACACCUGAUACAGGAAGUUGGUGCACGCUCACUGUUGUCUGUCUUUAAAUUGCCAACAUAUGUUUUAUUUCCAAUGUGCUGCACAUGGUGACGUUCUAGAUUCGAUCUAAUAUAUUUAAUGAGAGUGUGUGACAAGUUUAGUCUCUCGGAGCGGUCAUAAACACUCAGUAAAAAUGCACUGGGGAGGCAAGCAGUACCCUGCCUCACUGAUGGGGGCAGUGCUGAGCUCUAUAGACACCAGUGCAAAGUGGCUGCUUAGACCCGCACAGGGCGGGGCUGUGGAGUGGACAGGUCUGUAGCGGUGAACUCACCUACAUUUGCUCAGACUAAAUAGAAGAUUUAUAGCUAAAAACUGAAGGAUUUAUUUCAACAGGAUUUUCAGUCAACAGGAGAAAUUAGAGGAUAAUUUUUACAACAAAGUGAUAAUGAAGCUGUCAGGUUAAUAGACUUUAUUAAAGGCAAGACCAAACAUGAUUUUCAAGUGUGAUAAAAGAGAAAUUAGUACAUUUUUAAGUCAAAUUUGCCCAGAUAUUAAAUAUUUCUUGUUGGUGUGC